AUAGAGCCAAUAUUAAGGCAGGCGGGAACCGCGGGUUUAUUCACAGUGACGCGUCUAUGUCAAACUCGGCCUGGGUAACUUGAAGUUUCGCGUUUCAGGCUUCGACGUUGGUAUAUACCUUCUCUGUUCAUCCUUAACCUGGACUUUGUAUGUGGACUUACACAAACGCUGUUUCACGUGCUCUAUCAAAAAGGAUGCUGUUCACAGUGAUAUAAAAGUAGUCUUCAGUGUUGAGAAGCUGGGCCUGAAGGGGCGAAGCGAGUGGAAAGUUUCCUGGCCUCAUCAUGGGAGAUCCAGAAAACGUGGAAUUACAAAGUGUAAAACACAGAGAGGAUGUGGACGUGACACAGCGGGGCAAUGAUUACACUGGAGCAAAUGACGUCGCCUUCAAAGAGAAGGACAAACCUACGGGAGAUCACCAAGAAAAAUCUCUCUUACAAAAUGACUCUAAGAAACCAGCCAAGGUUAAAAUGGUGGAGGUGUAUUUGACAGAACCAGAAAGUCCUCCAGAAUAUGAGAGAGGACAGUGGGGAAAGAAGCUUGACUUUUUGCUCUCCAUGAUUGGAUAUGCUGUGGAUUUGGCAAAUGUCUGGAGAUUUCCGUAUUUGUGUUAUCGUAAUGGAGGAGGGGCAUACCUCAUCCCGUACUUCGCCUGUCUCCUAGUCGGUGCCCUGCCUCUCUUCUACAUGGAACUCGUCCUCGGUCAAUUUCACCGUGAAGGCGCAAUCACUGUCUGGAAAAUAGUCCCAAUUUUCAAGGGUGCUGGUAUGGCCGUGUGCUGGAUGUCCUACCUAGUCGCUUUUUAUUACAACGUUGUUAUUGGCUGGAGUUUUUAUUACCUGUUCGCAUCGUUCACGAAGGUUCUGCCAUGGACCACCUGUCAUAACGAGUGGAACUCCGUGAACUGUUGGCGGGAAGACUGGUCAGAGAACUUUACCAACCUCUACAACAGAAGCUAUAACGAAAACUCUUCCGUCUCCUCUGUGAACGAGUACUUCGAACGCGGGGUCCUGCUCCUUCACAAAAGUGAAGGCUUACAUAACUUAGGACCUGUCAACUGGAAACUAGCCCUCUGUACUUUGGCGGCGUUUGUCAUCCUGUUUUUCGGCCUGUGGAAAGGCGUCAAGUCUUCUGGAAAGGUGGUAUGGGUGACCGCCACAGCUCCGUACCUCAUCCUCACUAUACUGCUCAUCAGGGGUCUCAUGCUGCCCGGCUCUGCGGACGGGAUCAAGUACUUCAUUACCCCUAGGCUGGACAGGCUGGCCAGCUCACAGGCCUGGAUUGAUGCAGCAGUACAGAUUUUCUUCUCCAUCGGAGCCGGAUUUGGUGUCCACGUGGCUUUUGCAAGUUAUAACAAGUUUAAUAAUAACUGUUAUAGAGACUGUCUGAUAACAGCUGGAGUUAACAGCUUCACCAGCAUAUUCUCCGGUUUCGUCAUUUUCUCCUACCUUGGUUACAUGGCGCACAAGUCGGAAAGGGAUAUAUCAGAAGUCGCCACGGAAGGUCCCGGGCUGACGUUUGAGGUGUACCCAGAAGCCGUGGCUACCAUUCGAUCAGUAGCCUGGUCCAUCAUCUUCUUCGUCAUGAUGUUGAUGUUGGGUAUUGACAGUGCGAUGGGAGGGUUAGAAUCAGUGCUGACCGGAGUUCACGACGCUUUUAAAGAAAAGUUUACUCGUUUUAAGUACUCUCGUGAACUGUUUACCCUGUUUGUGGUGUCUACCUGCUUCCUCUUCACGUUACCGUGUAAUACAGAGGGAGGAAUGUAUGUGUUCAAGAUACUUGAUACGUACAUCGCCGGGUCGGCUUUAUUAUUUGCAGUUGUCUGCCAGGCCAUCGCUGUAGGCUGGUUUUACGGCGUGGACCAGUUUUCAGAAGACAUCCACAGUAUGUUGGGCUUUCGUCCUGGUAUUUACUGGCGUCUUUGUUGGAAGUUUUUCAGUCCAGGACUCUUACUGCUUAUCGUAGUGGUCAGUUUUGUGGAGCAUGUGCCCUUGAACUAUCAGAGUAAAACCUGGGGAACUUACAACUACCCGGAGUAUGCAAAUGCCAUAGGCUGGAUGUUUGCAAUAUCAUCUAUGUCGCUCGUCCCAGGCUAUGCUAUCUAUCUUCUGUUGACCACAAAAGGCUCAUUCUCAGAGCGUGUGGCAAUUUGCAUAUCACCAGAAUGGGAGCAUGAAGAAAUUCGACAAAAGAAACAAGUCAAACGUUUCCAGAGAAGUCACUGGUUAUCAGUUUAAACCCAGCGACCAGGUAUUUUAUCUUUUAUUGUAAAACUGCCUCUUUGGAGAAGAGCCACAUAUCUGGAUAACAAAGACGACAAAGAAAUGCAGCGAAACUAUAUAUAAUGCUCUGAAUGAUGAAUGGAUUAUAAGGCCAACAACACAGUUGUUAUGUUUCACACAGUAUGGAAUACGCGAUUGUUUUUAGAAAUUUCUGUCUCAUGAGAAGAUUCCAGAACGAGCAAAAUGGACAUUAACCAAGGGCAAGGUGAACAGGAGAAAAUGACGACGAUUGGUGAUAAUUAAUACUCGACAUAAAGUGAACAUUAAGAAAAACCGUGUGCAUAUAACGUUGCUGUUCAGAUGGACUGGAGUACAAGCAGCAUGAAACUUCAAAUUAUCGAAUUAAUAUGGUGGCGUAUUCCGAGUGGAUCAAUUUGGUGGAAGUUAGUAUCGAUAUGUGUCCUUGUUCUGUGUGCCAACGUUUCGAAUGAGAGAACCAAAGUCACGUGAUGUUAAGAGAUCAGAAGACAACUUCCACUGUUUCAAAUCACACUUGUGGAGAUUGGAAUAGCUACACUUGUGGAGAUUGGGACAGUUUCACUUGUGGAGAUUGAGACAGUUACACUUGUAGACAUUCGAAAAGUUACAAUCGUGGACAUUCGGGCAGUUACAGUUGUGGACAUUCGGGCAGUUACAAUUGUGGAACGUUCGGACAGUGACAACCGUGGGCAUUCGGACAGUCACAAUCGUGGUAAUUCGGACAAGUUGUCUACAGAUGAAUCAGAGUUCUUUCGCUGGACAUAAGUCUAGUGAUUGUGUCCUGUGCUGUAUUGCCAUCCAAUCACAAAACAACAAGACGGCUUGUGUGUAGAUUGAAAACCUUGGUCACAAGGAGACAUAAGUACGACCACCAAUCCGUUGCGAGGCUAGUGAAAAAGCAAAGUCACUGAACGAGCAACAUGUGGGAUAAUACUUCCGUUGCUUUAGAUACUGACAAUACUAUGUCGCAGCGUAAAUUGACAUUUGGUUAAAUGUUUCUAUGUUGCAUACAAAAUACCACAUAAGUGACCAAUGGUUUUAUUAUCGGUCUGGGGACAGCACUUAACACUGAAGUUGUUGUUGUAUUCGGUGUAUGGAAGACCAACAGAGGGAGUUGUAUAUGAAUGCAAUUUCAAGUCAAAGAUGAGUGCUUUUAUUAAUUUGCGGUUGUCCAGUCGGUCUUCGCUGUCAGUAUGAAAAUACUAAGCUGGUCAAUCAGAUAGCCAAGUUCCCUGCUACACUGAUACACGUGAACGUGUUAUAGAGGCGUGGUUACAAUGAAACAUUGUUGACAUUCAUGUUUGACACGCGACGUCAAUUCUUUUUGUGGAAAUUAGCAGGUUUAAUAGGAUAGAUUGUCGACAAUACUCUACUCAUUGGUGAAAUAUAGGUUUCUAGAGGUUAAUAGAAAUAUUAACCUAUCAAAGUGGUGAGAAAUUGAGAGAACUCACUCAGUUAUGGGCCAUUUUCGUAAUACAUACGUUACUUCCCUUUUCAAGGAUUUACCACCCUUGACCGAAUUUAUCAGUUCAAUUAUCCCGUGCUGUGAGCAAUUGUAAGUGUCAUUGUUAUGGAAUUUAAGCAGUCACAGUGAUUAUCUGUGAGUAAUCCGCAUUUGAAUUUAUUUGUGAAGUUAACUACUUUUGAAUCAUUGCACUUUGCGUAUGUGCAUCGAGAAACAGAUAAAGUAACUGGUAAUAUUUUCUGUUGUCCCGUAUGCUUUAGUACUGAAAUAAAAGACAGAUACCUAUCGUGAGUGGAAGUAAUUCCCUGAAAAGGGGAGUGAUCUGUGUAUCACGAAAAUAGGGAAGAGCGUCAUAUUAAUCUAUGUACAUCUUUUUAUACGUACAUGAACCUGCCCCAUUGUACAUUACGAGACAAGGUAGUGAUGUUAUUCAUGUUUGAUUCUUUGUUAAGCAAUAAUCGACUAGAGUUUUUGUGUACAAGAACAGGUAGGUGUUUGUGUUUUAAACAUUUCACGUUCAAGAUUAUACCCUGUUCUUAUACCAACUUUUGUAUUAACGACUCUAGCAUUAGAAUCUCAGGUAUGUUACGAUCUACAUAAAUUUGUAUUUCACCGUUUUUGUACGCUAUAACGUAUUCCGAUUGGAUCCCAUUACCACGUGAUCCUCUGUAACAUAUACUCCAUUCCUCUAUACACCUCCCCUUUUUGGUUCCAAAUACAUGCACCUCUGUGUCAUUCCACUGAGUCUGUAAUUUUGUCUCGAAGCUUCCAUUUUCCUGGACAAUUGAUCGUAUUUCGGGAACUUAAAAGUGUCUUUCGAACACAUACACAAAUGAUUUGCAGUUACCUCCCCUGAGAGAUUUUCUAAUCACUCUCAUGAUAUUUCAGUUCUGAUAAGGCGUUAGUGACGAAUGGUGAUGCAGUGCUCUGUUGUUUAAUGUCGAGAUUAUAGGUGCAUUGAUCAGUGAACUCUGUUGAUUCAGACUGAGUUGGUAGGUGCUCUGAUGGUUACACUGAUGACUGAUGGUGCCGUAUUUUUGCUCAUAGGGGAAAUAUGUUGGUGAAAUAAUGAGUAAUGAUGCUGUUUUUGUAUGUUUAAGGCUAAAUUGGUGGGUGCACUGAUGCCAUGUUUUGCUGUUUAAGGGUAAAUUGUAUGUGCAGUGAUGGUCAAUGACAGUGUUUUGUUGAUGGUUAAUGGGCUGUUGUGUCGAAUUUGAUAUUAAGAAUGAUUAAUGAACGCUCCGUGUUUUACUGUUAUUAGUCAAAUUGAUAGGUGGACCGAUGGGUCAAGAUGCCUUGUUUUGUUGUUUAAGGCUAAAUUGUUAGGUGCGCUGAGGGUUGAUCUCGCCAUGUUUUGCUGUUUAAGGCUAAAUUGACAAGUGCAUAGAUGGGUGAUGACGCCAUGUUUUGCUCUUUAAGAAUAAAUUGUACGUGCACUGAUGAGUGAUGAUGCAAUGCCGUUUUUUGCUGGGUCAUGCUAAACUGUAGAUGCUUUGAUGGUCAAUGACGCCAUGAUUUCUUGUUUAGGAGUUGGUUGGUGCAUUGAUUGAUGAACAUGACGUGUUUUGUUGUUUAGGGCGAAAUUGGUAAAUGCUCUGAUAUGGAGCCAUGCCAUUCACUGCUGUCUUAGGUUAGAUGGAUAUGCGCACUGAUUGGUGAUGAGGUCGUGUAUUGCUGUUUAAAGCUAAAUUGUAGGUGCACAUGGUUAUUGACGCCAUGGGAUGUUGUGUUGGAGUUGAUAGGUGCACUGAACAUAUAUGGUGGGACCGUGCACAGCAGUUAUAGCUUAAGUUCAUAGGUGCGCCGAAGGGCUACGCUGUUUGUUGUUUAAGGCUAAAUUGGCUGGUGGAGUAAUGGGUGAUGAGGCCAUGUUUUGGUGUUUGCGAAUAAAUUGUAGGUGCUCUGAUGGUUAAUGACGCCAUGGGAUGUUGUUUCAGAGUUGGCAGGAGCAUUGACAGGUAAACAACCCAGUUUGAAACAGAGUGAACAAAGGUGCACCAUUACAACUAGCAUGGCCACUGAUAUAGCCAACAGCCCGUCGUUUUAACGAAACUUUCUCAUCAGAAUUCAGGUUUUUUUUAUAUCCCUUCGAUCAGACAAGUCCUUCCAUGUUAGAGCACCUUUAUGACUCUGUAUUAUAUUAGAUAGUACACUGUCCGGAGGUGUACAUUUCUCUAAGAAGACAGAGAUACAUAGGGCUCAUUUGUGUUUUACUAAACAUUAAGAAAAAUAAAAAAAAAAUAAUCUGUUGUGCUUGUAAUCAAGUUUGAUAUGUAUAAAUCUUGUAAAGUUCAGAAGUACCCUCUUCCUUUUAGGUCACCUUUUUCCCCUUCAUAAUGGUAAACAAACUUUGUGUAAGCCGAAAUGAAUUCCGAAGUAGGUCAGUGAAGUGAAUUUGAUACUUUUGAUAUUGUUUUAAAUGUUCAUGUAAUUAGAGUCGAUAUAAUACUUUAUCCCGGGGUUAGGUAAAUUUACAUUUUCAGAUAUGUGAAAAAGGUAAAGAAAACAGUAAUAUGAAGUGUAUGUCAGAUGAAAGACCAGUAAAUACUGUCCACAAAGAGAGUUUGAUUUCUGUUUUUUUUAGAAUUUAUUUUCAACCUAGUAAAAUGCAUUUGAGGCUUUAGAUUCUACGGUUUUAUUACCUGGAAUGAUCGACGUCACAUCAGGUUUUCUGCUACUUCUUACACACAGACUGCUACAUUUCAUCAUUCAGAGUGCAUAUACAUAUAGGGGUAUGAGCGCAUUCACCGAAUUCACCUUAAAAGGAACUACUUCAAGCCAAAAUAUGACCGUGACGUCACUGAUACCCUCUGGGUCCUAACAGACCAUCGUAGAACCAUAUGCUUUGAAAGCAUUUUCCUCGAAUGGAAUAAUUCUUAAACAAUAAAUCAAAAUAUUUUCCAGGGCAGUAUUUAAUGGCCUUUCCUCUGAUAUUUACAUCGUUUUAGUGUUUACUUCGCCUUUAACAGACAGAUACUGUAAUCCUCAACAAACGAAAGUAGGCAUUAUGUAAAUACAUAAUACAUAUAGGCGACAUAUGUUCAUGUAGAUCUAUAUCCUGUCAUUAAAUGAGACUAUACGUGUGUUAUGUUAUGGUAUGCUGUCUGGUUACCAGGUUUAUAUGACUGUGUAUCUAUAAUUACGCACCGGUAUAUAUAGACAGACAGAUAUAAUAUUGUUGACGUUCCAUUCAUUGGAAUUCGGUAUGUAUACUGAUAUAAAUGUGUAAAUAUGAUGAUAGGAAAUUCAUAUAUAAACUAGCCUUUAUACAAACGGUGUAUAAUGUCCAUGGGUAGCUACUGAGAUUGUUUGCACUGGUCUCUGUAUAGGGUAAAUAAAAAGAAACAAAACUUUCGUGGUUAUCAAGAGUUAAUUGUUUUAAAGGGUUAAAGCGAACAUGAAAAGGACCUCUGAAAUCUGUACAAAAAUGAAGACAAUACUUUGUUUUGAGACAUUAUUUAUCACCCAUGCAGUAACCCCUCUAGUUUA